AUGUUGCAGCGGAAGACGCCAGACCGCCAGCAGAGCCCUGCCCGGCUCUCGUCCAAGCAGGGCUUCACGCCGAGCUCCAUAGUGCGGAGACAGACUUUCCUGGAGCGCCUGCAGACCGAGCCGCCAUCCCCGCCAUCCCAGGAGGUCCUGCCGUCGUCACCCGAAGUCAGGCUUGCCGACCCGAACAAGGCAUUCUUUGACAAGCUCAAGACCUCAUUCGGCGGCGUGGCUGCGGGGCGGUCCACGGACAAGGAGACAGGGUCCCUGCCACAGCGGCGUCACAAGGACGCUUCAUCCUCGAGCGUGACACCCGAGCUGACGACUGUAGACACCCUCAAGGGUAAGAUACACAGCGCCGCCGGCUCACUCCUCCGCUUCGAACGACUCAUUCGUGCUGAUAUCGUAAUAGAGAACUACAUUACUCUUGCCCAAAAUCUCUACGUCACAGCCGCUUCCCAGCUCUCAGACGCACAGUCGAGCCUCGAGGAACAGGUCUCGGCGCUGACAGAUGCCGACCAGGCCUUCGUAGCGUCGUUGAAGUCGCAGUACGAGCACGUCUGCCGGCCCCUGUCCGAGACUCGCACCGAGGUCCGCUUCGCCUUGCCCGGGAGCAGCUCGGGUGCCAGCAGCCAGACGCGCACCGAGGAGGUGCACAUCGGCAAGCACGUCGGCGCCAUCAGCAAGCGGCUGGCCACCCUCGAGCGAGACCUCGAUCAGUUAUGGACAGACAAAGAUUCUGGUGGUGGUGGUGGUGGUGGUGGUGCAGCUGGACUGUCCUUGACGCAGGGCUCUCAGGCGGCAUUUGAGAAGGAAAUGGAUGGCUUUCGCAGAGAGCUAAACCAGCUCGCGGAAGACGCUUUGCAGGAGAUGACAGAUAGUGAAAAGCAGAAGUACCAGAAGCUCAUCUUGAACGAGCAGACCAAGCUCGCGCAGAUCAUUGCCAGCUUACCCUCGGAGUUUGACUAA